AAUUAGGUGAUUUUGCGCACAAUGUUUGUCAACGGGUUAUAUUAGGUUUGUUUUCUGUUCCUGCACGAUGAUUGCGUUAGAACUGAACUGAACUGAACUAGUGCAAGUCAGAACUGAUAAGUGUAAGCGUGCAGUCAAGGAAUAGAAAACGUUUUAGUGCAAGACAGUGUGGACAGUGGAAGUAAAAAUGGCGUCUAAUCUUCUUAACAUGGAAAUUAUAGAUUUAUCUGAUGAAGAUGAAAAUGUUAGUAUAAUUCCACCAUUAGGAUCGUAUUUACUUGAAGAGAAUAAUAGUACGUAAUAUUUUUGUCUGUAGGCUUAUUAUUUAUAUCGAUACAUAUAACCUAAUCUAUGUCACUAACCUAACUUUUUAGAACAUAAAGAAAUACAACUAUUACAUCCGUUUGGAUUUCUAAUACGAUUAGAACACAUAAAAGUGCAAAAUUACAUAGAAAAGAUUGUGUAUAAUUAUAAUAAUACAGAUUUCAUAAUGCACUUUAGACUGUCAAGAGCAAUAGCAUAUGAUUUAAUACGUCAAUUCGAAGUAUCAGAUAUAUUUACAUGUAUACAAGAUCGUGGAGAACAUUUAAAGGUUUCAGCAGAAAAACAUAUUUUAUGUUUUUUAUGGUUUGUUGGACACGAAAGUGGAUCCUACCGGGAUAUAGCUGACCGAUUUGGAAUUGCCAUUAGUAUCCUGUAUCACAUAAUUACAAGAGUCACAAAGUUUAUCAUGUCUUUAGCACCUAAUAUAAUAAGGUAUCCCACAUCAGAGGAAAAAGAAACUGCAAGUUACUUUUUUCAAGAAAAAGGAUUUCCUAAUAUCAUUGGUGCCAUAGACGGGUCUCAUGUUAGAAUCGACAAACCAUCGGAAGAUGCGGAUUCUUACAUUAACCGCAAGCAAUAUUUUUCAUUGCAUAUUCAAGGGACGGUUAAUCACAAUUUAAAAUUUUUUGACGUUUUUAUUGGAUACCCAGGUUCUGUUCACGAUGCCCGAGUAUUCAAGAAUUCAUCAAUAUAUAAUGACUUACGUGAACUAUGUGAAGAUAGAUAUGUCUUAUUGGGAGAUAGUGCAUAUCCCUGUUUAAUAAACGUAAUUGUUCCAUAUAAAGAUAAUGGACAUUUAACCAAAAAACAAAAAAUGUUCAAUCAAAAAUUAAGUUCGUGCAGAGUUGUCAUUGAAAACGCAUUUGGCGUUUUAAAGCAAAGGUUCCGUCAACUAUACCAUUUUAAAUUAAGAGACAUUCCACGUAUGGUACGUGUUAUACACGCUUGUUGUGUUUUACAUAACAUAGCUAACGUGACGGACUUAAAAUUAUUUGAAGCACCUACAAAUGAUGAAGAGCCAGAUGUACAAGCACAAAAUCAAUUUUUCUGUGAUGAAAUAGUAAGAGAAUAUGAAACAGGUAUAGAAAAAAGAAAUAAUAUAUGUAAUGAAAUAAUAAGUAUUUAAGUGUACUUUUUAAAUAAAAAUAUAGUUUAUUACAUAUGUAUAGUGUUACAUUAGUUUCUAUUUACCUUACAAGCAUUUGAUAUAACAUUGUAGGUAGAAUAUUAGAUAUGUGUAACCUAAAAUACAUUUAUUCUGUAAAUAUAUUUAUUGUAUAAUAUGUAUAAUAAGUUACAAUAUUAUCACAAUAUUAUCACAAUAUUUAAGCUCAAAUUGAGAGUGAUACUAUAUCUAGGGUGCUUUCCAGCUACGACACAAGUCGACACUGUGUAACACAGUGU